AUGGCCCCUAUCAAUAUCCUGGCGCGUCUUAAGGCCCUCUACGCCAAAAGCUAUGAUGAACCGGUCAUUUCGGCCCAGACGGCAGCUUUCUUCUCGAUCUGUCUGACAUUAGUCUAUGUGGUCCCAUUCUAUGUCUCUUCUACCACUCGGCCAUCUCCCACCCUCAGCCGAGAUGCACCGUCCGUGAUCCGGGCUAGAAUUAAGGCUGUGACUCUGUCUUGCAUUGGGAGUACCUUGGCUGUCUCAUGGCUGAUCCUCGCCAAGGGCAAUGUCCCUCUAAUUGAGGUACUCAGAUUUCUUGGGUGGUGGCCCGUAGGAUUCGCGGAGGUUCUACGCAGCUUGUUGCUAACCGCCAUUCUGUUCGCCGGGCCCCUUUUCGAGCGAGGGAUUGCCGAAGGCGAGUGGAGAGAUUGGAUUAAAGGGAACAGGAUCUCCGAAACCCUUCGCGGGUGGAUCGGAUGGAGAAAUUACGUCGCUGGCCCGGUCACUGAAGAGAUCAUGUUUCGCUCCGCCAUCAUACCUCUUCAUAUACUCGCCAAGGCCUCUCCAAGCCGGAUCGUGUUUACAGCCCCUCUAUAUUUCGGGAUUGCCCAUGUACACCAUUUCUAUGAAUUUCGUCUAACUCACCCGGACACCUCCAUCAUAGCGGCGCUGUUCAGGUCGGUCUUUCAAUUUGGCUAUACCACCAUCUUCGGGUGGUACGCAACCUUCAUCUAUCUACGUACAGGAUCUCUACCAGCCGUCAUUCUCGCUCACGCAUUCUGCAAUUGGUGCGGACUUCCUCGUCUUUGGGGAAGGGUUGAGGCCGGGGUUCCUCUCGAAUCACCAUUAGCCAAAGGCAAAGGCGAUACAGAUCGGGGGCAGGUUUACGCGUAUGACCAACUCAGCAUUGGUUGGACCGUCGCGUACUAUGCAAUUCUCGUUGGAGGGGCUACUGGCUUCUAUUAUGCUCUGUGGCCUCUCACGGACUCUUCUAGCGCUUUAGUUGCAUUUACAGGUCCGUAA